UAGAAGUCAAAUCCUUUUGAGCCUCAUGAUACUUUGGUUGGGGCUAUCAAAUCCUACAGCAGAAACAUUUGCACAAGGCUUUAGACUUGGUCUCAAACUCAGAGAUGGGGCAAAGUUGGUUUCAGCUUUUGGGAAAUACAGCUUGAAAUUUUUUAGCCCCAAUAAUACAGAAAAACGUUAUGUAGGAAUAUUCUACAUGGAUGAGGAGGUAGUGUGGGUUGCGAACCGAAACACCCCAAUCUUAGAUGAAUCUGGAUGGCUUACAGUUGAUGGAGAUGGCAAUUUAAAAAUUUUCCACGGUGGAUCUAAUUCUAUUGCAAUAACUUCCUACCAACCAUCAUGUUGUAUAGUUGUUACUCUUCACCAAACUGGGAAUCUUGUCCUCCGUAAAAUGGAUUCAAAUGGAACAACAAUCAAGAUAAUGUGGCAAAGUUUUGAUUAUCCAAGUGAUACACUUCUUCCUGGCAUGCGUGGAAUCAACUUGCAAACUGGGCACAAAUGGUUUCUCCAAUCCUGGAUUAGUGAUAAAUCACCGGCACAAGGUUCAUUUUCGCUCGGUUUGGAUCGGAAUUUCACGAACCAGCUUGUCCUCUGGUGGCGUGGGGAAGUCUACCAGACAAGUAAGCUUUGGCUAAAUGAUCUGUUUAAUUCUUCUAAUUCUUGGACUCGUGGUAACUACGAAUUCAGCUUCACUUCAAAUGAAAAGGAAAUAUAUUUCAGUUACUCUCUUAUUAGUGAACAAUCAUUUAAACUACUGAAAAUUCUACCUGAUGGUAGAUUGUCUAUUCCGGAGCUUGGUUUUGGUAUGCCUCGGAAAGUUCCUACUUGCAGGAGGGAUGUUCUUUAUUUCCAGUCCAAAUAUGGUUUCACGUCCAGAGAGGGAUUCAAGUUCAAAGAAAGUGAAAACAUGAGCCACGCCGAUUGUGAAUUGAAAUGCUGGUUUAAUUGUUCUUGUUUUGCCUAUGCUACUACAGAUUUUGACACCAGCUGCGAGAUCUGGGGCAGGGGGCCAAUUUUUACAGAAGCUAAAUGGGAUGAUAUCAAUUCACGGUAUAUACACAUCCUUGAACCCAGAAAGAAGUGGUGGCUGCCAUUAGCUGUUGCAGUAGGAGUAGCAUUAUUGGUCCCGCUGUUGUGCUACUUAUGCUAUUUGAUACUGAGAAAACUGAAGGCAAAAGGUAGUAACACAACAAACCGAAAGAAGCUAGUAGAUGAGCUUGGAGAGAAUGCUUUACUUCUUACGGCAUAUGGCAAAGGAAAAACAAAAGAGAUAGAUUUGAGCAUAAGCCGCGAGUUGAAGAUAUUUGAAUUUCAAACAAUUGCAGCUGCUACAGAUAAUUUCUCAGCUACAAAUAAGCUGGGAGAGGGUGGUUUUGGUCCAGUUUAUAAGGGACAAUUAAUAGAUGGGCAAGAAAUAGCAAUAAAGAGACUCGCAGGAAGAUCAGGACAAGGAAUAAUGGAGUUCAAGAACGAAACUAAAGUCAUUGCAAAACUCCAGCACACUAAUCUUGUGAAGCUUUUAGGAUGUUCUCUUCAUGGAGAAGAAAGGAUUUUAGUUUACGAGUAUCUGCCUAACAAAAGCUUGGAUUUAUAUAUUUUCGAUUCUGAUAAAAAGAAGUUACUAAAUUGGAAGAAACGUUUCAGUAUAAUCGAAGGAAUUGCUCAGGGGCUUCUUUAUCUCCAUAAGUAUUCAAGAUUAAGAGUGAUUCAUAGAGACUUAAAAGCUAGUAACAUUUUACUUGAUGACCAAAUGAAUCCAAAAAUAUCAGAUUUUGGCAUGGCUAGAAUAUUUCAGAUGAAUGAAACAGUAGUAAACACUAACAGAGUUUGUGGAACAUAUGGCUAUAUGUCUCCAGAGUAUGCUAUGAAUGGAAUUGUGUCAACUAAAGUUGAUGUAUUUAGCUUUGGAGUUUUAGUACUGGAAAUUGUAAGCAGCAAGAAGAGCAAUGGUUGCUAUCAUGCAGAGAGCCCGCUCAACCUUAUAGGAUAUGCAUGGCAGCUGUGGGGAGAAGGUAUUGCCUUAGAGCUAAUAGAUCCAACACUAGAUGAAUGCUCAAGUAAUGAAGUAUUGAGAUGCCUUCAUGUGGGUCUUUUAUGCGUUCAAGACCAAGCGAAGGAUAGACCAGCGAUGCUGGAUGUGGUUUCUAUGCUAACAAAUGAAACUAUGCUCCUAGAUGAUCCAAAACAACCAGCAUUUUUUAUCAAUGUUUCUCCUGAGGAGCCAGACGUUCCUGAAAAUCAGCCAGAAAAUUGUUCUAUAAAUGAAGUAACACUUUCAGAGAUGGUAGCUAGAUAAACAUGGUAGUGACAUUAUUAUCUAGGCAGAAUU